AUGCUGUGUCCCUGCUGCAAGCGGGAGACGGUUUUGGGUUUCAAGGAGCAGGCUCCAGAGUGCUGCCCGGGCCACCUGCUGCUGGAGGACGCCAGCCUGCGCGUCACGAUCCCGGCGCGCACCGCCUGGGUCCACCCUGCCCCCGGGGACGAGGCCGCCUUGGCCCAGCCGCCCGUCAGGGUGGUGCUCCUGGAUGACCUCACACGGGACGUGAGCCUGGGUGACAGCGUGCGCGUGGCUGGCCCGGUGCAGCGAGGGGCCUUGUCCAGCCUGGACUGCCAGAAAGGCGCUCCGGGGCUGACCUCCUGGGCGCUGAGCGUCUGCGCCGUCGGUGUCCACCUCGCUCUGGCCACUCCCGGUUGGGACCCGCGGGUGCAUGGCUCCCUGCGCACGCUCGCCAGGCGCCUCACCCCGGUCGGCAUCGACGCGUCGACGAGCGCGCGCCAGCUCCUGCCCCUCGCGCUGGGUCGGCAGGGUGCUGAAGGCGGCAGCCUCGCUGCGGCGGGGCCCGGGGUGCUGCUCCUGGACGCGGGGGCCUGCUCGGUGAGGGCUGGCACGAGCCUGAUGGCCUGCCUGGGUGCAGGGGACAGGCUGCGUGUCGUGGCGGAUGCACCCGACCUUGACCUGCAUGCCACAGCCACCCUCUGGCUCCACCUCGCGGCGACCGACUUUGGGAGGAGCUGCUACGACCACACCUCCCCGCUGGAGCUGCUGGCCAGGAAGUAUGGGCGCGACGCGCCCCUCGUCUUCGACGUCCUGGUGGCCUGUCCCGGACCCCAGGCGCCUGCCAUGGCGGCGCGGCUGGAGGACCUGCUCCAGGCCCCGGAUGAGUCGGAGCGUGCCGCCAUGACACCAGACGACCUUGCCCAACACAUGAGGGUUGCGCAGGGCCUGGGGCAGCCGCGCAUGACUCACGAAGGCUUGGAGGCCCUGACGGCAUACUUCACCUGCCUGCGGCUCGGCGAGGAGCAGGCGCCCCAGACGGCGCUGCUGAGCCUGGCACGUGUGGCGGCUGCCUGUGCCCGUCUGUGCCAUCGUGCCGAGAUCCUGCCGGUGCCAGACGCCGCCGUGGCCAUCGCGCUGAUGGAGGAGCGUCUGGAAGCCAUGGGUAUGCUGGCCAUGCGCUGGGAGAAGUGGCGGGAGGCCUGGCUGGUGGACGGCCGGCCCCUUGACUCCUGCCUGAACGGGCUGCUGUCCAGCAUUCAGGCGGAGACAGCUGCCUGGCUGGUGGAGGCCGAGGAGUAG